GCCAGCGAUCGCUUUCAAUCUGAGUCUGUACACCUCUCUACCUUAAUAACACAGACAAUGAGCAAACAUUGGAUAGAAUGCUUGAAACAACAGCUGAAGAAGAGUCCUCUUUACUCAAAUGUAAUUAUUAGUUUUUUAAUGGUGAUACUUGAGAAACUCGUGGAGAUGGACUUUGCAUGUCCUUGUAAUCCAAUGAAGAACCUGAUGUUUUCUGUGGCAUAUUUUGUGGUUCCUGCUGUGUUCUCCAAUGCACUCAUGGUUUAUAUUCAAAGCCCAGAAUGCAAAACAAAGCCUCUGCUCUCCAUUAUAACCUGCACCAUUCCAGCUGCUGUUUGGAUCAUGCUGCUGUUCUUUGAUGGACAAUACCUUGCUUGUGCGCAAACCUCCUGGGAAGGACUGACGGUUCACACGGAUAUAUCUGCUUCAACAACAUGGUGUCAACCUUUGAUCAAAUUUGACAACGUCACUGAAAAGCAAAUGACAUUUUAUGGUUAUCGAAAUACUUCUCAGAUAGUGGCACUGGCCAUGCUGUUUGUGAGCUGUUUUCCCCUAUAUAUAAUUGGAUGUUGGAGGUGUCGCCGCCAAGCAGCAGGAACCAGAGAACCUAAAGCUGAACGAGUGGAAAUGGUGGAUCCUGGUCAAAGUUCAACUACCCCUCGUGAAAGAUCUUCAUUGAUGGUGGAUGAAUGCAGAGGUGAAUCUGAACAGCUCUAAAUACAGAAGAUUUGAUCAGUGAUCUUGCUAAGCGCCACUUAAUGUUCACAAAUCUGUUUAAAAUCUUACAAAAAAGGGGGGGAAACUAUGUUUAUAGCACAUUCUCAUCCAGCUAUACCACAAAGUGCAUUUGUUUCUCAGGAGUCUUGAAGCCACUAGCAGUGUGAAACCACAUCCUGUCCUUCAGUGCACUGUGUUGUAUUUUUGGGUUUUUGUUUUUUUUGUUAUGUACAAUAUGCUCACAUUUGCUGUUUUUUUAUGCUUUUGGCUUGGCAUACUUCAAAGCUUGUAAAAAAUU